GUUAUGAAGAAAAAUGAUGUUUAUAUCGAUAGUGUGUGUUGAUUUAUGGCUGUCUGAGCUGUAAACUAGUUCAAUAUCACUUCCUGGUUUGAGUAGGAGGUUUAUAGAAUUCUGGCACGAACUCUUGGAAGUAAAACGCGUUGAAAUUUAAACACUUGGAAGGUUUGAGAAUCUUCAAGAACUUGGCACGUACGUAUCGUAUGUACAAUGCAGUAGACAUUUUAAGAUGUUUCAAAUUCGACAAUUCUCAGAGAAGGUAUUCAAAAUAGAAAAUUUGGAGAGGUAUAAGCGACCACACACGGAUGUGCACGUAAAAGCACGGGAGAAUGAGGAGAUAGGAAAAGUAUGACUAACGUUUUACCGGCCACCACAUACAUUGCACGUGGUUUGCCUGCGAGAGUAUGUUUAUAAGGGGAUCCCUUAGAUAGGAUGUAAGCAGACUGUCGGAAGGGUUAACACCGCUAUAUGAUACAUAGACUAGCCGUGCGUGCAUCGCUCUCUCACACAGGAUAUUUUCUACUCCAAAACCUCCGAAACAAUCCUACGCCAUGAUUCUUCCGCGAAAUCACUAUCAUCAAAACCCCAGUAGUCACGGCCUAUAAUGUUGUAGUUAUCACUCCAUUAUACAAUAAGCAUAUUUCUGCGUGAUAUUUCGAUUACGAUUGUGCGAGGGAAAUAUAGUUUAUUCUGUUAUCUCUAGCUAAUAACAUGACUGUUGAAAGAAAUUGUGAGAAUUUGUCUAAAAAAAGUGCCAGAAGUCAAAAGAGUUACACGCGUUCUCAUCACAGACAGAUGUUGUCAGAGGAAUCCAUGACGGAUUCGACCGGACACUUAAAACCGGGGUAUCCUUCCUCUGGUCACCACGGCAGUCAAUCUUCCGGGUUACAACCAGGCUACCAUUCCUCUAACCACUUGCAGCCUGGAAAUCAUGUGUCACAUAGUCGUGCAGGAUCGUUCAAGGUCGCCGGCGAGCUAAGGUCACGCCAAAAUGUGCCAGAAACACGUCAAAUAAAAGAUGACAAUUCUCGACGUGGAAGUGUGACGUCAGGAACACAACCUAGUUACCUGUCAGUGUCGUUUGACGAUGUUCGUGACGGACGGGAAAACAAAGACGCUUCCAUAAGGCGAGUCAGGUCAUUCAAGACGACAUCUAAAGGGGUCGUCAACAGAGGUGAUUCCUUCAGAAAAAAAGGAGGUCGUAACUCUGGCAGUACCAACGCCACACAUUCACGUGACAAUGUCGGCCAUGGCGGUGGAAGCACGCGAUCUUUCCCGCUCAUGACCCCUCGUGUCACUACGCAGACAUCACAAUCCGGCAACGCCUCCUAUUUUAAGGUGCUCGUUCUCGGGGCCACAGGGGUGGGCAAGUCUUCAAUUACACAACAGUUCAUGACGUCAGAAUAUGUUGCUUUCGACAAUUCAAUGGAUAGAGACGAGGAGGAAAACACGGUAUCUGUUCUUCUCAACGGCGAGGAGUCCACGUUAGAAUGUACAGAUGGGUUGGACCCGGAAUAUGAUCUCGAGGACUUCCGAGCAGAUGCCUACAUUGUGGUCUUCUCAAUAGCCCAUCGGGACACCUUUGUGGCUGCCACUAACAUACUGAACGAGCUACUAUACGACAUCGGUACAGACAGGACCACCAUACUGGUCGGAAACAAGGCUGAUCUCGUCAGAAAACGAAAGGUUACGACCGAAGAAGCUCUUGACGUUGCCUUACAAUACGACGCCAAAUACACAGAGACCUCGGCAGCGCUGAAUCACCACGUAGACGAACUGUUGGUUGGAAUGCUUAGUCAAAUAAGAUUUAAACUUAAUCCGACACUUCCAGAACCAGUUUUAGCCGUUGAAUCGAGAAAACCCACCAUUUCCAGAAUGUCAUUUAAGGGACCAUUCGACCUGUUGAGUCGAUUAUUUGGACGAGGAAGCCGAAAAGGUAGAAAGCGAAAUGAUAUACGAACGUCUCAGCGCUGAAAUAUCAUACAACGGACAUGUUGGUAAAUGUCAAACAACAGACAUGUUGGUAAAUGUCAUACAACGGACAUGUUGGUAAAUGUCAUACAACAAACAUGUUGGUAAAUUUCAUACAACAUAAAUCUUGGUAAAUGUCAUACAACAGACAUGUUCGUAAAUGUCAUACAACGGACAUGUUGGUAAAUGUCAUACAACAGACAUUUUGGUAAAUGCAAUACAACAUACAUGUUGGUAAAUGUUAUACAACGGACAUGUUGGUAAAUGUCAUACAGCAGACAUGUUGGUAAAUGUCAUACAAC